CUCACUCACCACCACUCGAGCUAACAACUCCACCACACUCUUUCACCCAACCAACCACACUCUUUUACUCUCUCUCAACAUGCGUGUCUCUGCUCUCUUCGUCUCUGCCGCCCUCUUCGCUGGCGCCCUCGCUGCUCCCAUGCCCGGCGGCACCGAAUACGAGUUCGAGCAAUGCAACGGUGGUGAAAUCCAAUGCUGCAACAGCACCAAGAGUGUGCAGUCCCUCGAGUGGACCACCAAGAGCCUCCUCGGCCUCUUGGGCAUUGAUCUCAAGCAGAUCACUGGUCUCGUCGGUACCGAGUGCACCAGCCUCAACGUCCUCGGCAUCGGUGGUGGUUCCAAGUGCACCCAGCAGAAGGUCUGCUGCAACAACAACAGCUUCAACGGUGUCAUCGCCCUCGGCUGCAGCCCCAUCAACAUCGGCCUCUAAUUACCCACAUUCCCUACUAUAAUUCAUUCCAUAAUCGCCUAGUAGACAGACAUCGCAAUACACGCGUCUUGCAUGCCGAACA